CAUGCAUAAAUGACAUGAAAUGUGAAAAGUCUGAAAGUAAAGUGCAAUAAACUUUAAUAAAUUAAUAAAAUAUUUUUUGUUUUGUGUUACAGUGAAUAUUGAAUGAGGAUUGAGAGAAGUUAUAUAUAUUUUAAUGUUCAGUCAUUGUAAAAAUUUACAGCGAUAUUAAUAGUAUAAUUAGUAUUAUAUGAAACCAAAAGUGACGUAAACAUUGUCGUAGAUGUAGAUGCAUUCUUCGAUCGUGAAAUGUCAAAAUUUUCAGUAGAUGGUUACUUUGCCAAUUGCCAAUUAAAAUAGAAAUCGUGUAAUUGCGCUGGGCUCGUGUGAUUUUGUUCAAAACUCACAACAUAGCUAAAUUGUGUUAUUAUAACUCACAGUGUUACGAAACGAUAAAUGUUGAAAAAACUCUGUUGGACAAAGAAAACGUUUGGAUGAUUUUACACUUCUAAUUCAGAACUCGGAGAAGGGUGUGAGGUGAUUUGCAAUGAGCUCCCCGCCUCCGGCGCAGGAGGAGGUUGAGGUGGGUGACGAGUCUAUGGAAGAGGACUCACCCGAGAUGAUACCGGCUGAUCGUUUCACGUUGCCGGCCUGUGCGGAUGCUGUGGUGGAGCAGUGGCGCACAAAGAUGGAUGAGGGUGUUCUGUCCCAGGCGCACUUCCAGGAUCACUGGCGGGUCACGGUGCCCAGGAUAUACUCUCCGCAAUCCAACAGGUCAUGUCUAGACCUGACGUACGACGAGGAGCGCGCCAACACGCUGCUGUUCCAGCCGCUGGAGAGGUUCGUGUGGGGCGACACAGACUUGUCCACGCCGGCGCCACCGCGUCGCGCCACUCUGUGCGGGAAGGUGUUCAAGCAAGGCGAGCCGGCCUACAGCUGCCGGGAGUGCGGUAUGGACAACACAUGCGUGCUGUGUGUGGAAUGCUUCAAGGUAUCAGCGCACAGACACCACAAGUACAAGAUGGGUCAGUCCGGGGGCGGCGGCUGCUGUGACUGCGGGGACACGGAGGCAUGGAAGAGGGAUCCUUUCUGUGAACUGCACUCUGCACCGGACGAGAAGGGGGAGGCACAUCCACACAUCAGCCCGCAGGUGCUGGAGCGGCUAAGGAUCGUUGCGUCCGUGUGUCUGUCCUACUGCUUCCGACUGCUCACGCUGGACCACGCACCCGGCCUGCCCAACGAUCUCAGGUUGAAGGACGCGGAGUGUGAUCUGCUCCAGAUACUGGACCAGCCAGACUGUUACUGCACCGUCCUGUAUAACGACGAGACGCACACCUUUGAACAGGUGAUCACCGCGCUGAUGCGCGUGAUGAAGUACAGCCACCGCGACUCUGUGGAGCUGGUGAGCCUCAUCGACCGCGAGGGUCGCACGAUCGUCAAGUGCAACUCGUUCCAGCUCUGCGACAAGCUCAAGACGGACAUCGAGACCCGGUGCGCCAUGUUCGAAAGGUUCACGUCGCGGCACGGCCCCGAGCUCCGGGUGCUGGUGAUGCACGUGCAGGUCAUCGCGCACCAGACCUUCGCCAUGAAGCUGCUGCACUGGCUGCAAAACUUUGUGAGCCAAGAGCAGAGCUUGCGCCUGGCCGUGAGCCAGGUGAUCCUGGGCGAGGAGGCGGGGCUGGGCGGGGGCUCGCUGCCCGGGAUCACGGGGGGCGUGGCCGCCGGCGUCAUGCAGAAUGACUGCCGGAUGUGGAAGGCGGCGAGGACGGCCUGGCACAGGCUGCUCAUCACCACAACGUUGAUGGAUUACUCGACCAAGAAGGCGAUGGCGAUAUUGUUUACCAAGAAUUAUGGUUCAAUACUAAAGGACUUCAUCCGCGACGACCACGACCACUCGUUCUCGAUAUCGUCGCUGUCCGUGCAGCUCUACACAACGCCCACGAUAGCGCACCAUCUGAUAGCCAAACACGACGCGCUCUUUGUCGUCAUGAACACGUUCGUCAGCGAAUGUAACAGGCGGUGCAACGUUGAGGGUCGUUUGGAGUUCGAGCGGAAUCACUUAUCGAUGGCGUUCAAACGGGCGCAGUUCAUCUUGUACGAUGUGAAGUAUCUGCUGGGUUCAGUGCCGACGGCCUUCGACGACGACCUGCGCAAGGGAUUCCUGCACGGCUUGUCGCUCAUGCUGAACCUGCUCGUCAUGAUGCAGGACAUGGACUCCGUGGUUAGGCAGGUGGGACAGCACAUGGAGUAUGAACCAGAGUGGGAGACGGCGUUCAAUCUGCACGUGAAGCUGGCGCACAGUAUCACUCUCACACUGGAGUGGUGCGGCGUGGAGCGAGCCGUGUGUGCGUCGGCCUACCGCAUGGCGCUGCGGCGACACGCAGACAUCGCGCACUAUCAGCCCACGCAGCUGCGAGAGCUUGGCAAUCAGAGCGCGUCGGUGAUUCCCUACGACGUGUCCAAAGAACCAGUGUCCGUCCACCGGCCGCUAUCUCGGUUUAUAGCAGGCCUACAUUUACAUCUACACAAGCACGGCCUCUCGUUCCACAGCAAGGAGUUCGACAGGCAAGACAGGCCCAAACCUUCUCCAGAGGAACUUAUUGAGCCGCUUCUCCGCACGUCGGCCAUGAUCGCGCAGGUGCACGCGGGAAUGUGGCGUCGCAACGGGUUCGCGCUGCUCAACCAGCUCUACUUCUACCACAAUGUCAAGUGUCGCACCGAGAUGUACGACAGGGAUGUCGUUAUGAUGCAGAUCGGCGCGUCGCUGAUUGAGAGCAACGAGUUCAUAAUCCACGUGCUGAACAAGUAUAACUUGCUGGAGUGGGCCGCUGAUGACUUCGAGCAGACGCAGAUAGAGGAUGAUACGCUACGGCACACCAUCAGCAUGGUCGAGGAGUUCCUCGGUCUGCUCAUCACCAUCGUGGGGUCUCGCUACGUGCCCGGGGUGGGCGAGGUGACCAACGAGGAGCGGACCAAGAAGGAGAUCAUUCAGAUGCUCUGCGUCAAGCCGAUGCCGCACUCGGAGCUCAACAGGUCGCUCCCGGAAGACGAGCUCCACGAGACCGGAUUGGAGGCCGUGAUCCACGAGGUGGCGGAGUUUAGCAAGCCCAGCGGCGGCAACAACCGCGGCGUGUACCGCCUCAAGCCGCACCUCUAUGACGAGUACGACGCGUUCUUCUACCACUACACGCGCGAGGAGCUCUCCCGUAGCGAGGAGGAGCAGCGGAACAGGAGGAAGGCGGCUGGUCUGGCUGAGUGCUGCCCCCCUCCUCCGCUGCCCAAGCUGUGCGCUCCGUUCCGCCUGCUCGCCAGCCUGCUGCAGAGCGACGCGGCGCUGCACGUACUACGCCGUGUCCUGGAGCGUGCUCUCGACCUGCGCGCGCGCUGCUUCUCCGAGCCGCAAGUGCACAAGGCACUACACCUGAUCGGAUAUGGACUGCGCGACGAGGAGAGCGGUCACUACGAGUUCGUGGCAUUCGCAGAGCGAGCCGCGAGGUGCGGUCUACUGGACAUGGUGCAUCGACUGGUGGCCAGUCCCAGGGUGGACGCACACAGGGACCUCGCUAAGUGGCUGCUGGCUAAGAUGAGGCAAUUAUUGGGAAACAAAGACCAAAUCGGUGACGGUGACAAAAUGGAAGUCGAGUCCGAAGAGAAACCAACUGACGAAAAUGCAGAGAAAGAGAAGGCGAGACGCGCUCAACUGGCAGCGGAGCGGCGCGCGAAGCUGAUGGCGCAGAUGAAAGCGCAGAUGAACAACUUUAUAUCAAACAACUCCACACUGUUCGAGGAGACCACCACCGAGGUGACCGAAGAGGAGCAGUCUCAAGACCUGGUGAGCUUGUACCGCGGUGCGGCGCUCGGAGUGUGGGGCGGAGGCAUCUCGGACCCGCCCCGAGUGUGCAUCAUGUGUCAGGAGCAGGGGCGCGUGGAGUCGGUGUCGGAGCCCAUGGUGGUGGUCGCGUUCGUCCAACAGUCGCGCGUGCUGGCCCGCUCGCCGCCCGCGCCCGACACGCAGGCGCCGCCCACGUGCAGCGCGCGCGCACACCUGCCCGCCGACAUCGGCGCGCAGCCGCACGUGUCGUGCUGCGGACACGCCCUGCACGCGCGCUGCUGGCGCAAGUACGUGGCCGGCGUGCUCGACAAGGAGAAGCUCAGGCCGUACCGCAUCCGGCAAGCGGCCGCGUUCGACGUGGAGAAGAAGGAGUACCUGUGCCCGCUGUGCGAGCGGCUCUGUAACACGGCCCUCCCGCUGCUGCCGUCGCCCGCCAUGCCCUCGUCGCUGCCGCCGCCGCUCACGGAAGACUCCUUCGCCUCCGCCGCGCAUCUCAUUCUCAAGCUGAAACACAAGGUUUACUCGGCGCCGGUGCACCAGUGCACGGAGUUCUGCGAGGAGAUGCACUGCCAGGCGCGCGCGCGUAGCGUGGGAGCCCACUCCUCAGAGCCUGACGACGGCAGCGACCGCCUGGAACUCUUCGACGACGUGACGGAGGAGUAUGUAUCGACCCACGCGGAGACCUUGCUGCCGUCGCAUUUCAUGAAGCAGUUCACCCAGGAGCCACAGCCUGCCGAGUAUAACGCGACCACCAAGCAUUUAGUGGAGCAAUUCGUUGUGCGCCUACCGGCCAAUUGCGCCCAGCAUGAGUCCCGGCUUCACUUGCUGGCCGCGCUCUACAGAACCACGUCGUACACAAUAAUGAGCACGGACGCCGUACUGCAGGCAGAGAACCGACCCCUGCUUGGCGAUCUGCCGUCGCGCCAUCGGGACGCCCUGCAGGCUGUCAUCAGACUUGCAGCGGUCCUGCCGUCCGUCUGGACCGCUCCGAAACACCUCUCCCACCACGCCAUCAGCACAUUAGCAAUUCUAGAAAACACCUCUCCGUUGACUCACCACGUGUUCAGUACCAUGGUAGCUCUAGUGCUGACUUCUCCGUCCCUAUUCAGCAAAGAGGCUGGCCCGGCCCGACCCACGCAUCUCGCCCGCCAAAUUGCCUUACAAUCUUUCCGAGCACAACUCACCAGGGCCUUCAUGGUCAUAGACGUAACGUCGACCAGCCAACCAAUGGACGGCGCAGAACGAGUCAGACGGCCCGAUCUGAAAAAUCUAUUGCCCAUCAUGAAAAUACUAAGACGAGAUCAGCUAGAUAUAGACAAGUUGAACGCCGCGGAAAUAUGGGAGGCCGUCAAGAGGCAGUGCCACUCCUUCCUGAGAUGUAGUUGUCUUUUCUUCCACUUCCUUAGCGAUAUUAAUCCCCCCACGGAACUGACUGUAGUCGGGGGCGACACGUGGGAGACGAUGUGCGGCUAUCUAGACCUCCCGUCGAGGUUCAGAGACCUGCUUGAUGUGCCCGGCGCUAGGAUGAAGGCCGAGGAGUGGUCUGGUCUUUCGAACAGUUGGUUUAAAGGCGAGAUCGACGUACGAGUGGUGACCGAGCCGAGCGAACCUCCGCGUCUCAUAGACCUGCCUGAAGAUUUCUCCGAGCUGAUGAAUAUUGUUUCCGAGUUCUCCUGUCCGAAUUCAGAGCGAGAUGACACCAAGAACCCGACCAUGUGCCUAGUGUGCGGCCAGAUAUUGUGCUCACAGAGCUACUGUUGCCAGAUUGAGAUCAAUAAGUGGAGCGGGCGCGGUGGCGCGGCGAGCAGCUCGGAGCUGGUGGGCGCCGUGUCGUGGCACGCGCUACGCUGCGGGGGGGGCGCGGGCCUGUUCCUGCGCGUGCGCGACUGCGAGCUGCUGCCCAUGUGUGCGCCGGCGCGCGCCGCGCUGCUGCCCGCGCCCUACCUCGACUGCUACGGCGAGACCGACCAGGGUCUCCGACGCGGCAACCCGCUGCGCUUGUGCCCGGAGCGAUACGAGGCGCUGCGCAUGAUGUGGCUAAGCCACGGCAUCCACGAGCGGAUAGCGAGGAGCCUCGACACCAAUAUGAUACUCAACAACACGUGGCAGAACAUGUGAGACCGCACUAGGAGCAGACGAAGGAGACGCGACCUAUAUGGACAUUAUGAUCCUCUUUAGCAGGUCUGCUCAAGAAUUGGACCCGCUCAAGGUCAUUCGGCUUGGCCACAAAAUAUGCAGAUCGAAACAUAACACAAACUGAUGAAAAUAUUUAAAAUUUUAAGAUCUACGAAGAUGACAUAUAAUUAAAAAUACAUAUUGAUUUCCGUAGAAAAAAAACCUCAAGAUUAUAUAAUGUUAUAUAAAAAUGGCGCUAUGUCAAACUUUUAUCCGCCUUUUUUUAUCUUUUCAAUAUUCGUGUGGUGACGAAAACCCUAAGUGACAUUGACAUUAUGUCAAACUAGAAUUUUGAUACAUAGAAUUGACAUGUGUCAAUAUGUCAAUUUGACAUCUUCAGCACCUAUGCAAUGUCCAAUUUUAAAAAUUAGUUAAUUAAAUUUAGUAUAGCUGUCCUACUAACUAACCAAUUGUUAUUUUUAUGUUUUAUGAGUGAAUAUUAGUUGAUUAUUGUCCAUUUCUAGGUGAAUCGAUUUUUAACAAGGUCCAUUUUUUAUUCUUCCUUUUAAAUUAAUUUCAACUUAACACAGAUAGUAUUUAUUUUCACAUUUACUAACACCUUAAGUACUGUGUGAUUUCAACGGGAAGUUUCCGAUCUAAACCUAGAUUAGUUUUUAUAAUUAAUUGCUUAAUUCAAAUCAUUGUAUUUUAUUUGUUAGUUUAGGUUUAGCAAGUAAACUUAAUAAAUUUAAAUGUGAUAUUAAAAUGAUAUUUAUCUUCAAAUUAUUAUUAUUAAUAUUGUUAAUUAUUGUGUUGUUCUUAAAAUCGAAAACGCACAUUAAAUGGCAAAUAAUUCGAUUAGAUCAGUUUUGUAUAAUUUUUAUUUUCAACACGUUUGAUUCAAUUAUCCCGCUUAUGGCCUUUUAAGUUUGAAAUAUACAUAACAUAUAGAGAGUUUGAGAAACUACAAAACGGUAAAUAAAAAUUUAAAUGAUUUAGUAAAUUUAAAAAAAAUACUACGGAACCUGAUAUUGCUAUGUAAAAUGAUUUAUAGGAUGUACUUUAAAUAAAUAUUGAUUAAUCAGAAAA